AUGGUUGCUGCCGCUGUCCGGAUGCGCACUCCGAGUGCCAUGUUCAUGUCUCGAGGCGCCGCCUCUAUGCGGCGUCCUCAGGUCUCCUACAAGUUCCAGGAGGUCAUCCAAAACCAAUUGCCCGCCCUGUCCGCUAUUUCCCGCUUCUAUGCCUCCAAGUCUUUCCCUCCCCACACCAUCAUCAGCAUGCCGGCUUUGUCCCCGACAAUGACCGCGGGAAACAUUGGCGCAUGGCAGAAGAAGGCCGGUGACGGCCUCCAGCCCGGUGAUGUCCUUGUGGAGAUUGAGACCGACAAGGCGCAGAUGGACUUUGAGUUCCAGGAGGAGGGUGUUCUUGCGAAGGUCCUGAAGGACUCCGGCGAGAAGGAUGUCCCUGUCGGCUCUCCCAUUGCCGUCCUUGUUGAGGAGGGUGCCGAUGUCUCUCCCUUCGAGUCCUUCACCCUGGCUGAUGCCGGUGGUGACAAGGCCGCCCCGGCCGCUGAGCAGAAGGAGGAGCCCAAGAGCGCUGAGCCAUCGGCCCCGACCCCGGCCCCGGAGCCCGCCGCGCAGGAGCCCGAGACUUCUGGCGACAAGCUCCAGCCCAGCUUGGACCGUGAGCCUGCGAUCAGCCCUGCUGCCAAGGCUCUCGCUCUGGAGAAGGGUGUCCCCGUCAAGGCGCUCAAGGGCACCGGCCGUGGCGGUGUUAUCACCAAGGAGGAUGUUGAGAAGUACCAGCCCACCGGUGGUGCCGCUGCUGGUCCUACCUUCGAGGACAUCCCCAUCACCUCCAUGCGCAAGACCAUUGCCAACCGCCUCAAGCAGUCCAUGGCUGACAACCCCCACUACUUUGUCUCCACCACCCUGUCCGUGACUAAGCUUCUUAAGCUGCGCCAGGCCCUGAACGCCUCCGCCGAGGGCAAGUACAAGCUCUCCGUCAACGACUUCCUUGUCAAGGCCUGCGCUGUUGCUCUCCUGAAGGUUCCCCAGGUCAACUCCAGCUGGCGCGAGGAGAACGGCCAGGCUGUCAUCCGCCAGCACAGCACCGCUGAUAUCAGCGUUGCCGUGGCUACCCCCUCCGGUCUGAUCACCCCCGUUGUCAAGAACGUCCAGGGUCUGGGUCUGUCCAGCAUCUCCAACCAGAUCAAGGACCUUGGCAAGCGCGCUCGUGAGAACAAGCUCAAGCCUGAGGAGUACCAGGGCGGUACCUUCACCAUCUCCAACAUGGGCAUGAACCCCGCCGUUGAGCGCUUCACUGCCGUCAUCAACCCCCCUCAGGCCGGUAUCCUGGCCGUCGGCACCACCCGCAAGGUCGCCAUCCCCGUCGAGACCGAGGAGGGCACCGUUACCGAGUGGGAUGACCAGAUCAUCGUCACUGGUAGCUUCGACCACAAGGUCGUCGACGGUGCCGUCGGUGGUGAGUGGAUCAAGGAGCUGAAGAAGGUGGUCGAGAACCCUCUCGAGCUUCUGCUGUAA